AUGGAAGUCGUCGCCGCCACUGCCUCUAUUACUGCUCUGCUUGAGUUCGCAACCCACAUUAUCAAAUACGUGAAGGGCGCCAUCGACGCGCCAGUUCAGAAAAGAAAAUUACUUACUGCGCUUGUUCAAGCACGAGGCCUGCUAUCCGCCUUGCGUGAUCUUACGGAUGAGGUCAAUGAUGAAGACUGGUCAUACACCGUUCAGAGUUUAUCUGUAUCCAACGGCCCGCUUUCUACUUUCAAGGAUAUUCUGGAACAGAUAUCUAGAAAGCUAGGGGUACCAACUCGCGACUCUAAUAUCGCAAAUAUUCUCAGUCGACCCCGCUGGCCAUUUGAUCAGUCUAGCGUUCACGGCAUGCUUUCUUCAUUGGAGCAACUCAAAUCGCACUUCUUGUUGGCUAUUGCAAAUGACCAUGUGCGCCUUUCCAUGGCGAUCCGAAAUGAACUUCACGAGGUCCAUCACGAAAUAACCACUGCCUUUAUUGAUACUCAAAGACGAGCUAUAGUUUCCCUUUCUAAGGAGCAAGAGCUUAUUGUACAGUCUUUGUGCGUGGAAAAUUUGUCAAGAGAUCUGAAUAAAGAGGACACCAUGGAGAAGAGAGUUGGUACCGAGUGGUUUCUGAGUCAUAACGGGUUCAAAGAAUGGCAUGAUGCAAGCUCUCCUAGCUCUCAUCGAAGUACCCUUGUACUCACCGGUCUAGCUGGGUCCGGUAAAUCAACAAUAUGCCAUGCGACUCAAUUUUAUCUCAAAGCAUGGCAUCAGUCGGAAAUUGAUGUUUGCGUCUUAUAUUUUGGCUUUCAACUUUCUCAAGAAGGAUGUCGGAAUAAGUCACUAGUGCUCUCCAACCUUGUGCAGAAGAUGAUAUUGGAACGUCCAUAUCUCAUGGAGCAUGCUUCCGCUAUGAGAGUUACAGGUGGAAUGUUGACCCCUAGUGAGAGCAUCGAUUUGCUCCGUCGAGCAAGUUUUGACCUCAAACACCUUUACCUCAUUUUAGAUGGACUAGAUGAGGCAGGCGGUAUGGGUUGCGAUCUCCUUACGGAUCUACUUGCUAUUGAUCCACCUCUAAGGAUACUCAUCGCAACGCGAUCAACGCCAGAACUUCGUCAAACUCUUCAAGGCCAUGCUACAAUCGACACAAGUAAUGCUUGGACGUUUGCUAAUAACCUUGAACUUGUAAAAGCCAUGCUCGAAAAAGACUCGCGCGUGGCGGGAUAUCUUGAUCAUAACCAUGAAAACUUUGUUACUGCGGCUAAAAUCAUUGCCGAACGAAAUGCAGGAAUCUACGUGUGUUCGGCAGCCAUGGUCGAGUUCUUAGCAAAGGCUGAGACUAAAGCCAGGUUUGAGCGUUUAUUAUACAGCCCACCCUUAACCCUCGCUCAAAUGUACGAGUUAAUGCUUGAUGAUGUUAUGCAUCAGCCACCGGAAGCUGUGGCACUGGCCAAGAAGACCCUAAGGGUCCUGAUGGAAACUGCAGGUCCCGUGAGCAUAAGCCAGUUGAAGAGUGCCUUGGCCUCUGAAUCAGAGGACACCAGUUAUGUUGGGAAAGAUGUGACGGAAGAGGAACUAUUUGAAGCCUGUAUAGCAAGUUGCAAAAUGUUUGUUGUCUCUGUUAGUGGCGACAACACAGCCACCCCACUAUUAGGAUUUGCCCAUUCGUCUGCCAGAGAGUUCUUUGACAUUAAUGGUCUUCCGGCAUGA